AUGUUCAAGAAGAAGCCGACCGUCAAAUCGCUCGCCCCGUUGAGAUCCUCCGACCGCAGGAAGCUUGCCGACCAAGUCAUCAAGGACUACGGCCUCGAUUCGAAGCUCGUACCGAUCACCGACGACCAGACGCCCGAGCAGAAAGCCGAAGCAACAGCCGUCCAGUCCAACCUGCGAAAAUCUUUGUUCCCCGAGAACCUGCAGUCUGCGCGCUUCACCAACACCUACGGCCCCGAUCUGAAGCAGGCCUCCGGUACCCUGUACGUCGGCAGUCACGAUGGCGAGGAGCCCCGAGUCCUAUGGUUCCAGAUGGAGGGGGUCGUCUACCCCACGGUCUACACGCUAUGGGCGAACACGGAUAUCGUCCCGCUCCUCCACACCCCAGGCAUCGUCGUGAAGAAGCUGCAGACGGGCGCCGACCUCAUGACGCCGGGGCUGUUCGGCGGCCCACCAUUCCCCGAGAAGGCGAGGAAAGGCGCCGUCGUCGCCAUUGCGAGCUUGGAGAACCCCUCGGUGCCCGUCGCCGUGGGGCAGUGCGAGAUCGACGUCAGCGCGCUCCAGGCGGUGCGGGGUGCGAAGGGGCACGCCGUUAAGAAUCUGCACUGGUUUGGCGACGAGGUUUGGAGCUUCAGCACCGAUGGCAAGCCCGGAAGGACGGCACCCGAAGAGAUCGCAGGCUGGGUCAAGGUCCUGGAGGUACGCGGGCUGAUCGAGAACCUGAGCGGAUUGUCCCUGGAGGACCAAGACGAAGGAGGGGGCGCUUCGCUGGAAGAUCAGGCCACGGGCGACGACGCCGCUGCCGCCGAGUCAGGGGAGGCGGCCGCAACCAACGACGACGACGAGAUUCCCGAUUUCACCCAGAAAGAAAUUGACGAGGCCUUCCGCAAGGCGUUCCUCUUCGGCAUCCACCAACACAAGACCUCCAACUCAUCACAACCAAACUUCGGGCUCGUCUUCCCACUGUCGCAAUCGUCCGUCAUGUCCACCCUCAUACAACCCUUCUUGCCUGCGCACACGCCAAAGCAGGCACAGCAACUGCAGAUCAAAAAGACGUCAUGGAAAAACAUCAAGAAAUUCAUCAAGACCCUCGACAAGGAGGGAAUUCUCAAGAGCAAAGAAAAGGACGGUCGCGAAACGGUUAUUUCGGACGUCAAGUUCGACCACCCCGCAAUCGUCGACUUCAGGCCGUAUCGACUGCCGAAGAAGGAGACCGCCGGAGGUGCGUCCCAAGGCCGAGGCGAGACCGCGACGACGAAGAUCGACGUGGGCGACGACUCGGUGGGGCAGAAGCUGAAGAUCGUCUCGUACUUCAAGCCGACGUCCAAGCUGCAGCCCAUCUUCGAAGCGGCAUCCAAGACCUUUUACACACAACCCGAAGUGCGCGAGGCAGUCACCGCCUACAUCGAGGGCGAGAACCUCGUUUCGGAAACGAACAAGCGCAUCGUCAAGCUGGAUCCGAUCCUCGCCAACGCCGUCUUCACCGGGUCCGGACCUGCGGACAAGGCCGUGAUCGCCAAAGGUUCUGUCCAGCGCGACACUCUAAUCGAAAGGGUCCAGGGCGCCAUGGCCACAUCGUACGCUAUCGUUCGGAAUGGAACAGACCCAAGCAGCAUCAAGGCGAGGAGCGGCUCACCGCCCAAGAUCCACAUUACUCUCGAGACGAGGAGCGGGAACAAGACCGUCACGAAGGUGUCUGGGUUGGAGGCAUAUCACAUCAACCCCAAGCAGCUGGCUGACGAGUUGAGAAAGGUCUGUGCUGGAUCUACAAGCGUCGAGCCUUUGGCAGGUGCAGCGAAGAAGACCGAGGCGCAGGUCAUGGAGAUCAUGGUGCAGGGGCCGCAGCAGGCUGCGGUCGUGAAAGCGCUGGAGAAGAGAGGCGUCGACAAGAGGUGGAUGGAUGUUGUAGACAAGACGAAAGGGAAGAAGAGGUAG